AUGACUUUGUCGACUCCACACCUCAUCGCACGACGAGAGGAAAAACACGACACAAACACCGGUCAAAAAACGUAUAAAAGUAACCCAGCUACAACAAUCAACAUGCAGUUCAAGCUCCUCGCUUCUACUCUGGCCCUCGCCGCCACCCUUGCUGCCGCCACACCGAUCGCACCGAGCCAGUGCAACACGGGUCCCAUCCAGUGCUGCAACAGCACUGGAACGACUAAGGACACUCCCAUAGCGGCGCUCCUCGGCCUCCUUGGGGUCGUCGUUCAAGGUGUCGACGUCCUCAUUGGUGUCACUUGCACCCCCAUCAGCGUCAUCGGUAUUGGAGGAAACUCUUGCACUGCGCAGCCCGUCUGCUGCUCUAACAAUUCGUUCAACGGCGUCAUUGCGAUUGGUUGCACCCCGGUCAAUAUCAACUUGUAA